UCUUAGCUGAGACACCAAGAGGCGGUUAAAGCAGUGUUGAAACAUCAAGGUAGCUGAUUCCAAGCGAAACUCAGCCUUCCCCUAGGUCUUAAGGAUCCAGAAAGUUUACUGAGGAUACUGGAUUUGGUGGAACAGCAAUCAUGACUGUGGGCAAGAGCAGCAAGAUGCUACAGCACAUUGACUAUAGGAUGAGAUGUAUCCUGCAAGAUGGCCGCAUCUUCAUUGGCACCUUUAAGGCUUUUGACAAGCAUAUGAACUUGAUCCUCUGUGAUUGUGAUGAGUUCAGGAAGAUCAAGCCAAAGAAUGUGAAGCAGCCAGAGCGUGAAGAAAAGCGGGUUUUGGGUUUGGUGUUACUGCGUGGGGAGAAUUUGGUUUCCAUGACUGUGGAAGGACCACCCCCCAAAGAUACUGGCAUUGCUCGGGUACCACUUGCUGGAGCUGCAGGAGGCCCUGGAGUUGGGAGGGCAGCUGGCAGAGGGGUACCUGCUGGGGUCCCAAUUCCCCAGGCACCUGCUGGACUAGCAGGCCCAGUCCGAGGGGUUGGGGGACCAUCCCAACAGGUGAUGACUCCCCAGGGAAGAGGCACUGUAGCAGCUGCUGCAGUUGCUGCUACUGCCAGCAUUGCUGGAGCGCCAACACAGUAUCCGCCAGGUCGGGGAACCCCGCCCCCACCUGUGGGCAGAGCAACCCCACCUCCAGGCAUUAUGGCUCCUCCACCUGGUAUGAGACCACCCAUGGGCCCACCAAUUGGGCUUCCCCCUACUCGGGGGACACCAAUAGGCAUGCCCCCUCCAGGAUUGAGACCACCUCCACCAGGAAUCCGAGGUCCACCUCCCCCCGGAAUGCGUCCACCAAGACCCUAGGAUACUGUUCAUCCUUUUAAUCACUUUUUCCUUCAGUGCGUCUUGUGAAACUGUAGAGUGUUUGUGAGCUUUUUGUCUCCUCUUUGCUGCAUUAAUACUAGCAAAUAAUAAAUGCAUAGAGUAAUUAAACUGCCUGUUGAUUUUGUUGAUAAAGUGAAGACUGCAAUUAUUUGGGGGUUAAAGUUAUUAUGAGCUAGAUGAAUCCUGUUAAACAACUUAUUUAAAUCCAUUUUCUCGUUGGUUCUUGUGAAAAAAAUAGUGUGCCAUUUGUUUCUCCUCCCUAACUUCACUUUGUACAUUGAUUGGUAUUGGUUAAUAAACUUUCUGGAAACUAAUGAUGAGGGAGAUUUAAGUGGUCAAGCGAAGAUUCACAUACCCUCCUAGCUCCAUGCUAUACUACCUUAUCUGAAGGGAAGUGAAAAUAGGAUGAAACACCAUGUAAGGCCACCUAUGCACUAAAGAAAAUUGUGAUACUGAAUAAGACUCAUUAAAUGCUCAUUAAAUCAAA